CUCACGCUGUGUUUUGCAUAAAAUGUGUGUCAGUAGGACAAGCGCUUCCACGGCACAUGCAGAGGGCACAUGUAGCGUGGCUUUACCAGCACGUAGCGCGCUCGAAUAAGCGCAUCCAGCUCAGCUCGGCGCUUACACUCCCGCCAAUGAAAAUGCACGCUAGGAAUCAAGAGGAAAGGGAAAGCUAGGAGAUCAUGGGGCACGUUAGAGUGAGAUAAAUCCCCACCAAAGACAACAACAGAGGUUGACGGCUCCCCUAAAUCCAGUCACAUUUGCCAGUCAUCUUAAAACGUGAUUGAUGUGGGUGUGGAAGGGUGUGUGCUUGGCUAGGAAUGAAAGUGGAGUUUGACAGUCCCACAGAGAUGCUGUUGGCAAUGAACGGACAGACGAGAGACAUCAUCACCCAGCACACCUAACGCUUCCUUCACACUAGAUCAAAAGCAGAGUAAAGGUAUAGCCACGCGCGGAAAGUGCCUCUACACACCUGUGACCGACUCUAUUUUUUUACCGACUGUUUGGCUCCGCUGCCAAAUGCUCUGUGCUCGAGAUACUGCCUGCCUUCUUCGAGCUUCUCAUUGUAUGCACAGGCAUUUCGUGACUUUUAUACCUAUUUUCACCAGACUUUAACACACUGACACACACAGACUUUCUUGAAGAUAAUAAUUCUGAAGACAGAGGAUCUUGAAAAACAUAUCAAGGAUGGACAACAGUCCUGGGAGUGUGAUACUCUACGCUGGUAGCAAUGGCAGUGCCAGUCCAAGCCCAGGGAGCCCCUCAAGCGGCUAUCAAACCCAAUCUCCAUCUUCUCACUCCCAGCCCUCUUCCCCAGAGGAGGUCACCUUCACCGAGAUUGGGGCCCUCAAGCAGCAAAGAAGUUUGGGAACACCACCUUCUCCAAAACUGGUAUUUCAGUUCCCUGAAAUCUACAACAACUCCACUGCAGGUUCAAACCCGCACAGCUACUCCCAUCCCAUCGCCGGUAAAAGGCCUUGUGGAUACACUGGCACGUUUACCAAGACUGGAGGCAUGGUGCUCCUUUGUAAAGUAUGUGGAGAUAUCGCAUCAGGGUUCCACUAUGGUGUCCAUGCAUGUGAAGGCUGCAAGGGCUUUUUCCGCCGCAGCAUUCAGCAGAACAUUAACUACAAGAUGUGCGUGAAGAACGAGAAAUGCCUGAUAAUGCGUAUGAACCGCAACCGCUGCCAACACUGCCGCUUCAAAAAAUGCCUCUCUGUUGGCAUGUCCCGAGACGCUGUGCGUUUCGGCCGCAUCCCAAAACGAGAGAAGCAGCGACUUUUGGACGAGAUGCAGAGCUACAUGAACAGCCUCAACGAAUCGUCCACCAUGGGCAUGGAAACCUCGUCACCACACGAACCUCCUCCCAGCCCCAGUGAGAACCAAUCCAAAGAGGCCAUUGGUGCUUUAUCCCGAGCCUACCAGGACAUCUUCACAAACACACAGGACCACCUAAGCAAGCGUGCGGGCAACAUGAACACCAGCAGCAGAUCGAGCAGCUUUCAAAACAACCCUUCUCAGGACAGCAACUACCCUCACAUGAACCCUCUCGUGGGGUAUCACGCAACUACUCACGAAAGCUUCUCGGCCCCGCCUCGCUGCUCAGUUGCUUCCAGAGACAGCAAAUGCCCGGUCUCAUUGGUGGACAGUAAUCGGUACAGCUACGCUCCUUCGUAUCACUCCCAGUCGAGCGUUAGCCCGCCCUCACAACCUACUCAGGUCGAUUACAACAGCUACGUGGCUGGCGAGUCCCAAACCCAGGCUUCCUGUCCGUUUAAGCUGGCUGCUGGCUCCAAAGUGCUGGCCUGUCCACUGAACGCAUGCCCUGUGUCAGCACCUGGCGUCUCCAGUCAGCAGGUGUGGGAGUCUUUCUCUCAGUGCUUUACGCCGGCUGUACGUGAAGUGGUCGAGUUCGCGAAGGGCAUUCCGGGCUUCCAGGAGCUUUGCCAGCAUGAUCAAGUCAUGUUGCUCAAAGCAGGCACUUUCCAGGUGCUUAUGGUGAGGUUUUGCUCACUGUUUAACCACAAGGAAAGAACAGUGACUUUCCUGAAUGGGCAGACGUACCCGCUGCUCACCCUCAGGGGUCUGGGCAUGGGCUCCUUGCUGGACGCCAUGUUCGAGUUCAGUUCCAAGCUGAGCUCUCUGGGCCUGGAGUCAGAUGAGAUGGCUCUCUUUAUGGCAGUGGUGCUGGUUUCUGCAGACUGUUCUGGUAUUUCGGAUACGGUAGCUGUGGAACAAUUACAGGAAGGACUCAUCCGAGCGCUGCGCACCUUAGUCACCCGUCGCCGCCCUGACGACAGCUCUCUUUUUCCCAAACUGCUCCUGCGCCUGCCAGACCUGCGCACCCUCAACAACCUUCACUCCGACAAGCUGCUGGCCUUCCGCAUCGAUCCCUGA